AUGGCUUCCUCAUACACUCCUUCCUUUGGCAAAAUGGGCAAGUUCAGCGCACCCGCCGCUUCCAGCGUCAAGAUGGGAAACUUCAGCUCUACUCCCUCGACGGUUGCCAGAAAUCGAGUUCUGGAGAGCUGCUGGCGCAAGCCUGAAAGUUCACCAUUACCACCCACAGCAACACCCCUGUGCCCAACCUCAAUCUCAUCAUCACCACACAGCAAUCCCUUCCUGAUCACUCGCCCAAAACCUGCUGAGAACUGCCCCUGGGACGCGUUUGGUGCAGCACGCUUGAGUGGCCUUCAGGCACCUAAGCGCGCAGGCGCUACGCAACCCCUCGAGUGCGUUGUCGGCCGAGUGGUUCUUCUGCCUGGCCAGCAGUUGAUCCCGACGACAUCCGUCGUCCACAGACAAGCACAGGGCAAGCCCUGGGAACACCCCCAAGUCAUCACUAAGACCUGGGUAGACGGGAACGGCGUCAGACUCGUCAAGCUCCGGACCUGUACGAGCUUCGGUGGGGAGGGCAUUACCCGAAAGAAGGAGCACCAGCGCCACUACUUCGUGGAGGCCGAGGAGAGCCAGCUGACGCGCGAGUCUGAUACUUUCACCAAGCAGACCUACGUCAACUGCUCACCGGGGGCUGAGUUCACGGCCGAGUUCGAGCAUCUCGCGUUGUGGCCAGGCUCAGCCAAGAACGCCAUCCAGUUCAGCCCUGCUGCGGUAGUAGGCUUCAACAAGUGCGAAGACGAACGCAGAGACAGCUGCAACUGA